AUGUUCAUGAGCAUCCAGCUGCGGAAGCCCGCGCUGGUGGCAGCGGGCAAGAAGCAGCAGCUCAGCCACGAGCUGGAGGCGGUGUUGGUGCACCGGGAGGUCACCGGCACCGGGUACUUUGCCAAUGUCAUCGUUCCUAUGGAGGUUCGCGCAGAGCCGGGGCUUGACCUCCUGGCGCCCCUGCUGAACGAAGCGGACCUGCCUUCCAAGGUCGGGGAGACGCAGCCAGUGCUGGUGAGUGGGACGCUGCCCCUGCAGCUGUCCCACGUCUUCGCCGGCGCUUCCUUCCAGCACUUCUGGGGCGAGAUCACCACCAGCUGCAACAGCAGCCAGGUGGGCGCCCGGAUCUUGCUGCGGAACGCCACCAUGGCGACCAGCAAGCCUCUGCUGAACCGCAUCCUUCGAUUGCUGCAGUACACUCCCAGCACCCUUCCAGUGACACCCCCGGAGGAGACAUGGCUCAUGCAGCCCUGCCCUCGUGGGAGCAGCUGCUCCCUGCCCGUGGCGGUGGAUCUGGCCCCCGCGCUCACGGAGGCGCAGGCGGCGCUGCAGGCCAACGAGUCCAAGCUCGAGGCGGCCAAGCAGGCGAUGGAUCAGUCGCUGCUUGCCUUGACCAGCAACAGCACCUACGUGAGCAAUGCCGCGUACAACACCGCGGUGCUGAAUCGUCAGGCGCUCCAGGAGGCGGAGAAGGCGGUGGAGGCCGCGAAGGCCGAGGUGCAGCUACUGCAGUCGCAGCUGGCGGCCGCCAGCGCCGGGGCCUGGGACGCCAAGGCCCCGCCGCCCACGCCAGCGACGACCACGGCUGCGGCGUCGAUUGCGACGACGACGACCACAGCGGCGGGCGCGGCCUCGACGACGGCGCAGGGUAGCACCACCACGGGUGCCGCAACCGCUGCGACUGGGGCAAGUAGCACUACGGGCAAGGUGGCCUUGUUCGCCAGCGCCAGCCAAUCAGCGACGGCCGGCUGCAGCGACGGGACAGCAUCGCCCCUGGAGGUGGACCUGAGCAAGAGCGCAGAGCACGUGGACGCGCGGACGGCUGGGGCGUCAGAGGCGCUGUUGUUCUGGCGCCUCUCCGCCACCUCGGGCGGGCUUUUGCCCACCAAUGCGGCGGCCGUGGAGGGUGCGGCCAAGGCGCCGCUGGUGCGCGUGGCGAAUUUGGGGGACCGGCUGCGGGUGUCGCCGCUAGAGGAAGGCCAGCCUUUGCUGGUGCUGCUGCUGCGGGGCCGUGAGCUGCCCAUCUCGUUUGCGGACAUCAGUGUGCCAGGUGAGCACGUCGUGGCCGGCACCGGAGCUCGCCCAGCUGCGGAGAUCCAGCUGGUGCAUUUGCCCGGUCAGGCGGAGGAGGCCGUGGCCGUGGCCUUGCAACUGGAGGAGGGCGAGGAGAACGCCUGGCUGCGCUUGGGGGCCCUGCCCAGGCCGGGGGACGUUGCGGAGGCGCACUCCGCGGACCCCAUGGCCAUGCACCCGGCGCUGCGCCGCGGCGUGGCGGGUCGCUUCUUCCGCUACCUCGGGCGCCUGAGCCGCGGCUUCCCUUUGGCUGGCAGGGGCGGCGUCGGGAGCCGCCGUUGCGCGCACGUGAGGUGGCAGGUCCUGGAGGAGCGGGGCCAGGCGGCCCCCGCGCAGCUCAGCGCGCUGCGCCGGCUGCUGCGCGCCCCCAGCGCGGAGGCCGCCGAGGCCUACGCCGAGCCCAGCGCGCUGAGCUCCGCGAUCCUUCUUGCUGGGAAGCGGAAGGUGUCCCUCGCUUCCGUGCAGAGCCACACCCACACCGUGCGGGCCGACUCGCUGGCUCCGGGCCACGCGGCGGACGCGGACUACCCGGCGAACCCGUCCUCCCCGCUCUUGCGCUCGCUGCUGCGGCGCAAGAGCCUGGCUCCUUGUCUUUGCGAGGUGACGAUGCGUCUUCUUUUGGCAUACAAGGGCGAUAAGAACUAUGGAAAAAACUGGACGCUCGGGACGCUUGGCACGCUGCAACGGGUGCCGGAGGCGGCGCCGGGUGCCCCAGGAGCAGCGGGUCGAUCUGGGUUCCAAGUCGUCUUGCCUUUUGCAAAGAGCCAGAUGAAGCUCACUGGCAACAGGACCCUGCAAUGCCUGCAAGAAGAAUCCCGCGUUGCUCUGAACGCGGUGGAUUCCCUGGAUGCUUUGCUGAGCGACAUCAACAAAGGCGGGGCGCUUCGGGCGGGCGCUUGCUUCGGGCCACAGGCCCGGGGAGGUUGGCAUGAGAAUCUUUUCCAGGGAGCCAUGGGCACGAUCCACAUGAGCUUUGACGCGUGGGGCGUGGGCUCCGAAAUGUCAAGCCAGUGGGACUCGGUGCUGCAAGCCGUGUCCUACUUGAGCCUCCCUGCCAAUGUGUUGCAGGACCUCUACAGCCAGGUGGUGCUGGAGCUCGCGGAGCUCAAGGAGCUGGAGACGGCGCAGCACCUGCUGAAGGAGACGGCGCCCAUGAGCUCCCUGAAGCAGGCGAACCCUGAAAGGUACCUCCGCAUCGAGGCGCUGAUCAAAAGGAAGCAGUUCGAUGCUCAGGAGGCCUACGAGGGCCUCACCAAGGAGAAGAUCCGGACUAACCUGGCGCAGAGCGUGAGCAAGCACGUGCAGGUGGCCCCACCUUCCCGACUCCUGGCGCUGGUGGGGCAGGCCAUGAAAUGGCAGCAGCAUGUCGGCCUCCUCCCCAAGAACGCCCGGAUCGACGUGUUCCGUGGCGUGGCCAAAGACUCGGAGGUGGAGCCGGAGAUGUGCCCCACCAUGGUGGCCAGGACGGUGAAGUUCGGGGAGAAGUCGCACCCCGAGUGCGUAGCCUUCUCCCCGGACGGCCAGUUCUGCGUGAGCGGCUCCGUGGACGGCUUCGUGGAGGUCUGGGAUUAUCAGACCGGCACCCUGCGCAAGGAUCUCACGUACCAGGACGAAGGUAGCUUCAUGAUGCACGAGAAGGCGGUGAUCGCGGUGGCCUUCAAUAAGGACUCCGAGCUGCUGGCCACCGGGUCCCAGGACGGCCAGGUCAAGGUCUGGCGCAUCGUCACCGGGCAGUGCGCCCGGCGCUACGAGAAGGCCCACAACCAGGGGGUGACCUGCAUCACUUGGUCCAAGGACUCUACCCAGCUCCUCACAGGCUCCUUCGACUUCACCGCGCGGGUGCACGGCAUCAAAUCCGGGAAGACGCUGAAGGAGUUCCGGGGCCAUAAGUCCUACGUGAACUCCGCGUCCUUUUCCAAGGACAACUCCCGGGUCAUCACGGGCUCCUCCGACAGCCACGUGAUCGUCUUCGACGCCAAGACCUCAGAGAUCCUGAACACCCUCACGCCGCCGCCGCCGGCGCACUGCAGCUCCAUCAUGGACUAUGCCGUGAACUCCGUGAUUGUGGCACCCAAGCUUCCAGGCUAUAGUGAGCACGAAGAUCUCAUCUUCGUGUGCACGAGGACGAACACCAUCCUGCUCAUGAACCUCGCCGGGCAGGUACUGAAAAGCUUUUGCUCGGGCAAGAGGGACAAGGGCGAUUUUGUCGCGAUGACAAUUUCUCCGAAAGGAGAGUGGCUACAUGCAGUGGCCGAAGACAACACCUUGUACUGCUUCUCAGUUGCUUCCGGCGGCCUGGAGCAAACACUGAAGGUUGCGGACAAGGAGGUCAUUGGAAUAGUACAUCACCCCAGCCGCAACGUCAUCGCCGGCUUUUCGGGUGACGGCACCAUGAGCUUCAUGCGGGCAUGA